AUGCAGCAGAGGACGCACAUGCAGCAGAGGACGCACCAAUCGGAAGACGAGCUAGAGAAAACCAUAAAACUGGUGGAACAAAUUUUAAAAGAAAAUAAUUUCAACGUGUACAUGAAGGGAAUGGACGAUGGGGUGGUCCCCAAAGCAGCUCCUAAAGAGAUAGACGCGUAUAAAUUUGUGCACCUACUAAACAGAAUUCUCGUUUUGAGUAGAGAAGCCGAGGGAUCCUCCGAUAUGAAAACAAACAUAUGGGAAUGCCCGACAUUUUUAAACCUGCUGGGUUAUAUCAAGCUAAAAAUGGCGUCAUUUAACAUUCAUGAAAUGUUCCUCUUCGCCUUGUGCUUUUCGAAAAUACAAUUCAUGCCUCAGAUGCUAAUUCAAGAUUUUCUCUUAGCUGUAAAAGAGAAACCCUACUUACAAACUUUCUUUGAACAAGACGUACAUAAAUUUUUUCAGUUUUUUUUUAUCGUUAGUAAUAUUAAGAACGUGCGGGUGGGGGACCAGACGGAUUCCCUCUUCGCCACCUUUGCGAAUAAUUUUGUGCAGGUCGUUUGGGACUUCCUGGACAUGUCAGGCGGCUUACCCGGCGACGUACACAGCGACAUGUCAGGCGGCUUACCCGGCGACGAACACAGCGACAUGUCAAGCCGCUUGCCGGGCGACAUAUCGAGCCGCUUGACAAGCCGCUUGCCCCUCGAAUGCUACCACCUCCUGUUGGUCGGCCUCCACAACGCAAACGUGAGGAACGCCCCGCUGAUGCACCGAGUGGCCACCGAAAUAGUGCACCUCCUAAACGCACACCACACCCUCGACAAGCAGGACCGCAUUGAUGCAGCGAAGAAACUCAUUAACAUUUACCUGGCGUAUGUCUCGCUGCGAUGUGAAAACUAUCACCUGUAUGAAAAGCUAAAUACUUUUAUGUAUAACCUUAUUGAAGAACUACCAUCGGCUAGCUGUCUAACUCUUCUACUCUCCCUAGCGACCCUGAAGGAACAAAAGUGUUUUAACUUCCCCCUAUGUAUGCUUUCAUCAUUGGAGAAGCAUUUCUGUGGCAAAUUUUAUUCACUUGACGCAAAGGAUUUGCUUCUACUAAUUUAUUUAUUCACUUACUUGAACUUGCAUGUAGCAAAUGCAGACGCGUACGUGUGUAUGUUGGACCACCUCUUCAAUGUUCACAAGUUUGAAGCAUCUCACGAAGAUGAACGAGUUAAAAUGUUUCAGAUUUAUGUCACCUUGAUGCAGUCCUUCCCGAGUGAAGUGUCGCAGGGCGGCCAGAAUGACCCCUCUGCGGGAAAAUCAACAGCAGCAGGUGGCAUGGACUAUGAGGGAAGAAGCCACACAAACGAACAUUGCGACAGCGAAGUAGAAGUAAACGAGUCAGACCAACGUACACGCCGAACCAAGCUGCAAAACGUUCUACGACAGAUACAAGCAAGUAUGCAAUUGGAGCAUGAACAGAACCCACCAGAAUACGCACAGGAGUUACAUGAACAAGUGAAUAACGUGCACGCCAUGUUACUCGAGAUGAGCGGCAACACUUUCUUCAUUAACCAUUUGAGCAAGAACACAGUCCUACUUAACUACUACCUUAGUCAUAUCAGCUUCGAUCUUAAAAAAGAGGAGAACCCAGAAACGGAGCCUCAAAAAGUGGUUAUCCUUUUUGACUCGGAUAGAACCCACUUGUCAGAUGACUCAUUCGAUAUUUACUUUAACAUGAAGCGGAACCAUCUGGCCUCGUUAAAUAUAAAGUGCUUUUCAAUUAAGCUGCACCAGUGGAGGGAGCUUUCUCCCGAGGAGCAAAGACAGUUCAUCGCGUUUGAGUUAGCACGGCGAUACUUGCCCAGCGCGGCGACUUCUACCUAG